UAAGGCUUGACCGCAUAGAAACCGGGUCCGAUAAAAAAUGGGCGAGCCUGUCCUUUCGGCAUCCUUCCAAAAACGCGUCAUUUCUUUUGACCCAACAAAUUCCUCACAUCACCUUAGUCUCUUUUCUUUGCAAAAAACCAAAACAGCAUCAAACCCACUCUCUCUCUCACUAACUGUCAAUUCAUCUCUCUCUCUUUUUUUUCUUUUUUCUUUUUAAAAAUAAAGGGUAGCCUCUCUGUUUUUUACUCCUGUUCAAGUCCAAUGCGUUUCAUAUUUCUGCUUGGAACCGUAUCUGUCUCUCUCUGAAUCAAAGUUAGUCAAUUAUUUCUCUUGAGAAGUUCUCAACGAAUAUCUCCCCUCCUGUUUAUCUUACCUAUCAUAUCUCUCAAUCCAUUACUGUACUCAGGUUCCAGGUUUCCCAUUUUUUCUCUCUGCUAAUCUUCUCUCUCUCUCCGUAACUGUUCUCAGGUUCCAAGUUUCCAAUUUUCUCUCUCUGCCAAUCUUCCCCACACGGCCUCCUUGCCAAACCAGUGGUCGGCCGGUCGGCCACAAACCCACCCCACCUCUAUUUCAAGACUUUAAACUGAACCACUUCCAACUUCCAAAAGGUAGGAACUUUGUCUCUCCCUAAACAAGCGUCGUUCUAUCUUCCUAAUGUCCUCCCUGAUAUGGCCCUUUUGCUUCUCCAUUCUCUCUCUAGCCAUAGCCCAGGCCCCAUGCCCAAAAAAUCAGAGCACCCCACUUCUCCAGUUCAAGCAAGGCCUAAUUAUCUCUCCUCCAAGGCUUCAGUCAUGGAUACCCAACUCAGAUUGUUGCAAAUGGGAAGGCAUAGCCUGCAACAAUCUCACUGGCUUUGUCCAAAGACUUAAUCUGUGCAGCUUAGGGCAACUGCCAAUUUCUGGUAAUAUCAGUUUUUCUCUCUUCAAUUUAACCCACCUUGAAUACCUUGAUCUGAGCUUUAAUAACUUAUCUUCCUCUUCUAUACCUCCCUCAAUUGGGCAGCUAAAAGGGUUGGUUUAUCUCAACCUCUCCAAUUCUGGUUUUUCCGGACAGAUACCAAAGGAAAUUUCAGAAUUGAUCUCACUUGUUCAUCUUGACCUCUCCACCUCUCCGUUGUUUUCUUCUCUCUCUUCAACCCCAUUGAAGCUCGAGGACCCAGACUUCAAAACCCUGGUUCAAAGCCUAAAGAGCUUGAAGGAGCUCAGGCUUGAUCGUUUGAAUCUUUCUUCCUCGAGUUCUCAAUGGUGCCAAGCCUUAGCUUCGCUUCCUCGCCUUACUAUUGUAAGCCUGCAGAGGUGCUCUCUAUCUGGUCCCUUUGACGAGUCGCUCCAGAAACUUGUUUCUCUCUCUGAGAUCCACCUGGAUGGCAAUUCUCUUGCUUCCACGAUACCUGAUUGGUUUGCGAGUUUCUCUAACUUGAAAGAGUUGCAUCUGAGUUUAUGCGAUUUAAAGGGAGAAUUCCCAGCUCAAAUUUUCCAGCUUCAGAGACUUCAGAUGCUAGAUGUUUCCUACAACAUACGCCUCUCCGGAUAUUUCCCAUAUUUUCCCCCCAAUAGCCCAAUUAAGAACCUGUUGGUCUCAAAUACUAACUUCUCGGGCCCUUUGCCAGAUUCCAUUGGUAACCUGGGGUCUUUGAUCCAAUUAGAAUUGAACAACUGCAGUUUCAAUGGUUCAAUCCCAGUUACUCUCUCUAACAUCGCAGACCUGCUCAGUCUCGAUCUCUCUUUUAACCAGCUAAGUGGUGGAAUUCCUUCAUUGGGUUCUCAGCGAAUACAAGAGAUCGAUCUCUCUCACAAUUUAUUGACAGGCUCGAUCCCAACAUCUCUCGGUAAGCUUCGAAACUUAACGAGACUCAACCUCAAGAACAACCAGCUUAUCGGUUCAAUUCCUUCCUCUCUCUUCACUCUUCCAUCUCUAAAAGUCCUAGACCUAAGCGAGAACGGCCUGGAUACUUCUGUCCCUGAUUUCCAAGCCCCUCAAUCCAAGUUGGAAACCUUGGACCUCAGCGAAAAUGGCUUAAAUGGAGAGAUCCCUGGUUCCAUAUUUUCUCUCUCUAACCUGAAAGUCCUGAUUCUCUCCUCCAACAAGUUCAAUGGCACCCUUCACCUUGAGUCAUUCCUCCCAAAGAGUGUGAACCUUUCCAAUCUAGACCUAUCACGAAACAACUUAGUUAUUGAAUUCAGUUCUUUGAAUAGCAGCAAUGGCAAUGAAUCAUUCCCUCACUUAUCCACACUGAAAUUGCGGUCAUGCAACAUAACCAAGUUCCCCGAUUUCAUUAAAACCCAAGAGAGAUUAAAGUAUUUGGACCUCUCUGAUAACCUACUUGAAGGGGCAAUACCCAACUGGUUAUGGAAGUUGAGUCUCAAUCAACUCAAUCUUUCUAAAAACCAGCUCCAAGAACUAGGGCAACUGGCCAAUCCCUCCUCCAGUUCCUUCACCCUUGACCUACAUUCAAACCACUUUUCAGGUCCCCCCUCUCUCCCCUCAGCUGCCAUUUUUUUGGACUACUCCAACAACCUUUUCAGCUCGAGCAUCCCGGAAAGCAUUGGCAUUUACCUGAAUUUCUCCAUCUUUCUCUCACUUUCUCAUAACAAUCUUUCUGGAAAAAUUCCUUCCUCUCUAUGCAACAGCAAGAAUCUGCAGGUCCUCGACCUUUCUCAUAACAACCUCAUUGGCUCGAUUCCGGAGUGCCUCUUCGCAAUAGACAGCCUGAUCGUGCUGAACCUAAGGGAGAACAUGCUGCAGGGCUCAAUUCCAGAUAGGUUCAGAUCCAGCAGUGACCUUCGAACACUAAAUUUCAAUGGAAACCAGUUACAAGGUGAAGUCCCCCUUUCACUAAGCAAAUGCAGCAACCUGGAGAUACUUGACUUGGGUAACAACAAUUUUUCUGGGACCUUUCCCUCGUCACUAGGUUCCUUAACCCACCUUCGAGUCCUGGUUCUGAGAUCAAACCAGCUUCAUGGACCCAUUUCAGAUACAGGGUCCCCUGGUUUCUAUGCACUUCAAAUCUUGGACCUAUCAGGCAACAACUUCUCCGGGCCCAUGCCUAAAGAAUGCUUUCAAAACUGGAAGGCCAUGCAAGAGGAGUCACAAACCAACUCAACCCAAAUUCUACAAUAUGGGUUCCUCUAUCUAAGCAGCUUGUAUUAUUUUGAUAUGGUCACAGUCACAAUGAAAGGUCAGGAUUUGGAGUUUCAGAAGAUCUUGACAAUCCUAACAGCCAUUGAUAUUUCCAACAAUGCAUUCGAAGGGGUGAUACCAAGCCAAAUAGGAGGGCUCAAGGGCCUCCGUGUACUGAAUAUGUCAAGAAACACUCUGACGGGCCCUAUACCUGAUUCUAUUGGAGACCUGAGACAGCUCGAAUCCUUGGAUCUUUCAAAGAACCAUCUCUCAGGAAGCAUACCCUUGGGGCUUAGCAAGCUUAGUUUCCUUUCAGUUCUAAACCUGUCUUGGAACAAUCUCUCAGGAACGAUACCCAAGGGAUACCAGUUUCAAACCUUCAAUGCUGCUUCUUUUGCCCAUAACCCAGGGCUCUGUGGAUAUCCAUUAGAUGUGGCUUGUGGACAACAGCAGAAAAAUAGCACAACUAAUGAGGAGGCGAAGGCCACUUCAUGGGAGUUUGUUUUGGGGGGUCUAGGAUUUGGAAUUGGAGGUGGUGUAGUGGGCAGGCUUCUAAUGGCUUGGAAAGAUGAGAGGCUAUGGUAUUUUGAGUGUGUGGAUCGGGUUCUGGGUCGACUGAUCUCAGAAAUUGGACUAAAUAGGAUAGAAGCAGAGGAAGAAGGAGAAGAUGGUGAGGAAAAGGAAGGAGUAGAAGAAGACAGCUUAGAUCAAAGGUUUUGUGUUUUUUGCACUGGUCUGGAUACCAGUAAGUGGAAAGCGGUGCACACGGAGUGCUCUUGCCGGGACAAGAUGAAUCCCAUUGACCCCAUCUGAGAGGCAAACAUAUGUUUUCUUUUGGAGAGUGUCAAAAACAUACUUCCCUUGAAAAGCAUGAAUGAGAAUCAAUCAGUGCUCUAAACUGAUGAGGUUGCUGGUCAGAUUUGAACUAGCAGGUGGUGGGGCUCUUACUGUUUGAGCUGGUCUAUACUGCUCUCUUCAGGUUGACUCAUUGCUGAUUCUGGACCAAGCAUUUGAUGAGGUGAUUUAUUUCAUAGUUUGGAACACAGAUGAAAAUGAAUCAGGUGGGUUGGAUCAAAAUACUCAAGAUAUGAGUAGAAAAAUAGUGAAAAUAUAUGUGCUCGUGGGGCCUAUACUCCCAAUCACUUUCAAGCAGAGUGCGAUGGUCACACUUCCAACUGAAAUGGAUGACGAUAGGGUUAAAUAUCUGGUACCGUAUGUGAGAAGCUAGAAUGAAGUGUCGAAAAGUCAUUGUUACGAUUUUCAAUUUUUUCAUUAGUUCACUUGCGCAAUUCAUGUAUAGCCUUUGGUUAUUUGUAUAUUUUGAUUUAUUGAGCAACUGUUAAUGAAAGAAUCAAAAUUUCA